AUGGAGUCACCGUUCAAGGCUGAUGUGGUGAAAGGGAAGGUGGCUCUGAUAACAGGAGGAGGGUCGGGGAUUGGGUUCGAAAUAUCAACCCAAUUUGGCAAGCAUGGAGCCUCCAUUGCCAUCAUGGGUCGACGCAAGCAAGUCCUUGACUCUGCUGUCUCGGCUCUUCGGUCUCUUGGAAUUCAGGCUGUUGGUUUUGAGGGGGAUGUUCGUAAACAUGAAGAUGCAAAAAGAGUGGUGGAAUCAACUUUCCAGCAUUUUGGUAGGCUUGACAUACUUGUGAAUGGUGCAGCUGGCAAUUUUCUUGUAUCAGCCGAGGAUCUAUCCCCUAAUGGAUUUCGAACAGUUAUGGAUAUUGAUGCUGUUGGAACAUUCACAAUGUGCUACGAAGCACUCAAGUAUCUUAAAAAAGGAGGACCAGGAAGGAGGUCAUCUGGUGGUGGAACAAUAUUGAACAUCAGUGCUACUUUACAUUAUACAGCUUCUUGGUAUCAAGUCCAUGUAGCAGCUGCGAAGGCAGCGAUUGAUGCCACUACAAGAAACUUGGCAUUGGAGUGGGGAGCUGACUAUGACAUUAGGGUGAAUGGAAUAGCUCCAGGCCCUAUUGAUGAUACGCCUGGCAUGAGUAAACUUGCACCUUCGGAGAUAAAUAGCAAAGCUAGAGAUUACAUGCCUUUGUAUAAACUAGGGGACAAAUGGGAUAUUGCUAUGGCCGCCCUUUACCUUGCUUCGGAUGCAGGGAAAUUUAUAAAUGGAACUGUCAUUAUAGCUGAUGGAGGACUUUGGCUGAGCCGGCCUCGCCAUCUGCCAAAAGAUGCGGUGAAGCAGCUUUCACGAUCAGUAGAAAAGAGAUCUAGAGAUGCACCAGUAGGGGUUCCAAGGAGCAAGUUGUAA